CCCCUAAACAGAUAAAACUCUCUCUCUCUCUCUCUCUCUGUGUGUGUUAGGGUUUGAAAGCUUUUGCGAGGCCAAUAGGAAUGGCGAACCGUACGGACCCAGCGGCGAAGAGCAUAAGGGGGACGAACCCACAGAACCUGGUGGAGAAGAUCCUGAGGUCGAAGAUUUACCAGAACACGUACUGGAAGGAGCAAUGCUUCGGUCUAACGGCGGAGACGCUGGUCGACAAGGCUAUGGAGCUCGAUCACCUCGGCGGUACUCACGGCGGCAACCGCAAGCCGACGCCGUUUAUGUGCCUCGUCAUGAAGAUGCUCCAGAUUCAGCCCGAGAAGGAGAUCGUCAUCGAGUUCAUCAAAAACGACGAUUACAAAUACGUGCGGAUACUUGGUGCUUUUUAUUUGCGUCUUACAGGAACUGAUGUCGAUGUCUACCGGUACCUAGAGCCUCUGUAUAAUGAUUAUAGGAAGUUAAGACAAAAAUUACCUGAAGGAAAGUUCUCUUUGACACAUGUGGAUGAGGUUAUUGAUGAACUUCUAACAAAAGAUUAUUCCUGUGACAUUGCAUUGCCACGUAUCAAGAAAAGAUGGACUCUUGAAACACUUGGUUCAUUGGAACCUAGACGAAGCGUUUUGGAAGAUGAUUUUGAGGAGGAGGAGGAGAAGGAGGAGAAUGAUCAACUUGAUGGUUUAGAAGAUGAGGCUCAUGAAAAGCAGGAUUAUUACCGUGGGCGAAGCCCUGCCAGGGAAAGAGAUAGGGACAGAAGACGUGACCGUGACAGAUACAGGGAACGAGACUAUGAUAGAGACUAUGACAGAGAUUAUGAUAGGGAACGUGGACGUGGACGAGAUAGGGAUAGGGAUAGAGAGAGGGACAGAGACAGGGAUAGGGACAGGGACAGGGACAGGGAUAGGGACCGAGACCGUUACCGCUUGCGAGAUGAAAAGGAUUAUGGUCGUGAUCGGGAGCGAGAUAGGGAGUGGGAAGGUAGGGAGCGGGAGAGGCGAGACAGGGACCGUGGCAGGAGGAGGAGUCACUCAAGAAGCCGAAGUAGGAGUAGGGAUCGGAAGGAUCGUGAGGGUGGGGAGCACCGGAAGAGACAUGCACGCAGCAGCACCAGUCCCAGAAGACGGGAUGGAGCUGAGGAAAAUGGCACUCGGGAAGAGCCUAAGAAGAAGAAAGAGAGAAAGGAGAAGAAAGAGGAUGGAACAGACCACCCAGACCCUGAGAUUGCUGAAGCUAAUAGGCUGCGUGCAUCCCUUGGGUUGAAACCAUUGAAAUAGAUGCUAGUAGCGUAGUGUGCCAAGUGAUCAUUUUCUGUUAAUAUGGAUGGAUAUAUAAAGUUUGUGGGCCGUUACUUGUAGCAGCUGGGAUUGCCAGUAUUGAAUGUAUGUUCUAGUAAGUGGCAAAUGGAUGCCAAGUACAGAUCUUUCAUAUUUAUGCCCCAUUGUUUAUGUUUUUUCCAUCACUUUGAGAAUCAAACCAGUUUUGCCAGCAUUCUUUUAUGUUUGGCUUCUGCUUUUACUGUAGUCAAAAUAUUCUAUUAAUGCUGAUGAGAACUGCAUACUCAUUGUGGGCUUCAA